AUGGCCAAACAAAUUAUCAAACUUAUCAACAGCGUGGGUGAUACCGUCAACCACGACCCUAUUGUUGGAAACAAAUUGAAGGUGGUCUUUCUUGAAAAUUAUCGUGUUUCGCUGGCUGAAAAGAUCAUUCCUGCCGCGGACCUGAGCGAGCAAAUCUCGACUGCUGGUACGGAGGCUAGUGGUACUGGAAACAUGAAAUUUAUGUUAAAUGGUGCUCUGACGAUUGGAACACUGGACGGCGCGAACGUGGAAAUGAUGGAGGAGAUGGGCCGCGAGAACAUUUUCAUUUUUGGAAUGGAAGUUGACGAUGUGAUUCAGCUUGGCAAAAGAGGGCAUGUUUGA